AUGUCGUCUCUGAAUUCGACUUGCAUCAGCGGCUCUGCGCCUGUUGCCUUAUCGCAGAAAUUCCUAUGUAAUCCUGGAUUUUACUGUCCGAACAACAGUGCGACCACUCCCCCCCAGUAUUGUGCCCCAACCCCCGAGUGCCUCCUUACUCGCUUACAAACAGUACGAAACAUAUGCAAUGAUGCUCAGGGAAUCUAUGAGCCUCUAGUUUGUCCUCCAGGCCAUUACUGUAGUCUUGGGGGCAAGCAGAUCAGCAUAUGUCCUCAAGGCUAUUUCUGUCCUCUUGGGUCUGCGGAACCCUUUCGAUGUGGUAUCACAUCUAUAUGCCCAGAGGGGGCUGAUCGUGAGCUUGUAAUGGAUGGAUUUAUCUUUAUCUUUAUUCUCGAUUCAAUUAUCUUAGCCCUUCUACUAAAGUCAUUUCGUCGAGUAUUGGACAUUAUCCGGUGGCGUAUUCUUAGGACCUGCAUAGAGAAGUCUACUUUUGUGGCAAGCCCUGAGCUUUCCCACAUUGAUACUAUCAGCGAGGGAAAUUUGAGGAUCGAAGACGAAAAUGUGCGAAAAUUCGUUGCCUCUGUCAGGAGUUGCGUUGGUCAAGGGGACGUUGGCUUUUCUUUCGGAUUUGAAGAGCUUUCGCUCGUUCUCGCGAAUGGAAAGACAAUCCUUGCCCCUCAAUCUGGGCAUAUCCCGAAAGGGAGCAUUUGGGGCGUAAUGGGACCGUCGGGUGCUGGUAAAAGCAGCUUCGUGAAUGUUUUAAUGGGCAAGACAAAGCAGACUACUGGUCAAAUUUAUGUAAACAAGGUUGCAUGGAAAACCGUGAAAUACAAAAAGCUGAUAGGCUAUGUCCCACAAGACGACAUAAUCAUGUCAGAAUGCACAAUUCGCGAAAGCAUAUUGCACUCCGCCAUCGCUCGUCUGCCAAGGAAAUGGUCUGACAAGCAACGCAACGAGCACGUCGAUACUAUCAUAUCCUGCCUCGGCCUUACUGAUAUCCAAGACAGAAUUAUAGGUGACCAGAUCUCAUGGGCCAUAUCAGGCGGCCAGCGUAAAAGGGUUAGUAUUGGCAUCGAACUGGCAGCAGCCCCUAUAGCGCUGGUGCUGGAUGAGCCCACAUCUGGCUUAGAUGCGACGGCUUCCCUUUCAAUUAUGAGAUUGCUUCGGACUUUGUCCAAAUUAGGAGUGACAGUUGUUUGUAUCAUACAUCAGCCUCGCCCUGAGAUUCUUGAGUUUCUUAGCGGAGUUACUUUACUCAGCAGGGGCUACCAGGUCUAUCACGGAGAAUCCAGCGGCCUUACGGGCUAUUUCAGUCAUCUAGGGUUCGAUAUCUCUGGCAAACCCAAUAUUGGUGAUGCAGUUUUGGAUAUUAUAUCCGGACAAUAUGCUCUGCAUACUGAAUCAUACAGAACACUCACCAUUCAUGAUCUAGUGGAAAGCUGGAGGUCAAAUUCUUCCAGGAUACAGCCCCCGUUAGAAACUAACGAGCAAAUGGUUUCUUCAAGUUACCAGGUUGAACUUUUGGCGCGCUCAGCCUCCGGUAGGGGGCAAUCUAGAACUAGGCAAACGUAUCUCUGCUUCGUACGAUCAAUGAAACAACAAUGGCGGCGAAUGAAUAGCUUUAUACUUGAAAUUGCAGUCGGUUCGAUUUCUGGUUUACUCAUUGGCUUGUCAUUGUACCAGCUCCGCGGCCAACACUUCCAGGGAGCCUACUAUCCGCCCUUCCAGAUUCUAUCCAGUGCGUUGAAUUACACUACAGUUCCUGAGAUAGGACUCCUCUGUAGUUUAGCGAUAGGAUUGGCCGCGGCCGCCCCUGGCGUGAAGACUUUCGGUGAGGAGAAGCAAAUGUACUGGCGAGAAGCUAGUGCUGGACAUUCGCGAUCUGCAUACUACAUUGGCAAAGUGAUAGCCACGAUUCCACGCCUUACCAUAUCAGCCAUGCAUUUUACUACAUUUUAUUGCAUCUUAGCGACUCCACGGAUGUCUUUCUGGACCAUGUAUCUUACAAAUUUGAUGUACUUCUAUUGUAUAUACGGGCUUGCUUCUACAGUAUCCACGGUCGUCCGAAGAGAGGAUGGUCCUCUAUUGGCGAUGAUCGUAAGCUUGGUUAUCGGCGUUUUUGGUGGCUAUGGCCCCCCGCUCUACAAUGUGAAAGAAUGGCACUUGGAAUGGUUCUGGCGCCUGUGUCCAGGAAUUUGGUUAACUGAGGCCUACUUCGAUCAACAUCUGAUUAUAUCGGGUCAUCUCUACGAUUUAGACGCAGCUGCUAGAUGGACAGGAUAUGUGCGAGGUCGUUUUGGCACUGAUGUACUCCUACUGCUAGUUAUUGGCACUGUAUAUCGCCUAGCUGCGUUUGCGGGGCUUGUUUUCAUAGACCGCAAUAGACAGAAGUAG